AUGGCCGAGGAGCAAAAAGUUAUAAUUCCAAGAGUGAAAUUGGGUAACCAAGGAUUAGAGGUCUCAAAGUUGGGCUUUGGAUGCAUGGGGCUUACUGGAGCGUACAAUGCCCCACUACCUGAGGAUGCUGGCAUUUCAAUCAUCAAGGAAGCUUUUAGCAAGGGGAUUACGUUUUUUGAUACAUCAGAUGUUUAUGGACCUCACACUAACGAAGUCCUGGUUGGGAAGGCAUUGAAGCAUUUGCCUAGAGAAAAGAUCCAGCUGGCUACAAAAUUUGGUAUUGUUCCAAAGACUUCUGAUUUUAGAAAUGCUGCCAUUAAUGGCAGUCCUGAAUAUGUCCGAUCAUGUUGCGAGGCUAGCCUGAAGCGUCUUGAUCUGGAGUACAUUGAUCUUUACUAUCAACACCGUAUCGACACUUCUAUACCAAUAGAGGAAACUAUGGGAGAGCUUAAGAAGUUAGUGGAAGAGGGAAAAGUUAAGUAUAUUGGAUUAUCUGAAGCUAGUCCUGACACAAUAAAGAGGGCACAUGCAGUUCAUCCCAUCAGUGCAUUACAAAUGGAAUGGUCACUUUGGUCUCGUGACAUUGAAGAAGAAAUAAUCCCACUUUGCAGGGAACUUGGAAUUGGAGUAGUUCCAUAUAUAGCCCGAUUGGUCGGGGAUUUUUUGCUGGCAGAGCAGUUGUGGAAAGUUUGCCUUCAGAGACUGUACUGGUUCACAGAAGAAAAUAUGGAGAAGAACAAGGUGUUUUAUACCCGAAUAGAAAAGCUGGCUGCAAAGCAUUUCUGUACUCCUGCUCAGCUUGCCCUUGCUUGGGUUCUCAAUCAAGGAGAUGAUGUGGUACCUAUCCCCGGAACCACAAAGAUUAAAAAUCUGGAUGACAAUAUUGGAUCAUUGCAAGUUAAGCUGACAAAAGAUGAUUUGAAGGAAAUCUCUGAUGCUGUUCCAAUGAAUGAAGUUGCUGGAGUUAGAUCUUGGCAGUACCACUAUACAUGGAAGUUUGCUAAUACACCACCACCUAAAAAUAGCCAAGUCUGA